AUGGCGGAACAAGAGGCAACGCCGGAGAACAUGACCAUGAUGCAGGGGUUCGAGUGGUAUGUUCCCGCAGACCAGAAGCACUGGAAACGCCUGAAAGAUCAUGUCCCGCAGCUCAAGUCCUGGGGCAUCGACAAUAUCUGGGUGCCGCCGGGAUGCAAAGCCUCGAGCAAGGAGGGCAACGGGUACGAUAUCUACGACCUGUACGACAUUGGCGAGUUUGACCAAAAGGGCUCCGUCGCCACGAAAUGGGGUACUCGGGAAGAGCUUGAGGAGCUCUGCAAGGUCGCCAACGACCACGGUGUUGGCAUUUACUGGGACGCGGUCCUGAACCACCGUCUCGGCUCCGACCACAAGGAAAAGUGCCAGGCCAUCGAGGUUGACCAAGAGGACCGCAACAAGACAGUCAGUGACCAGUACGAGAUUGAUGCCUGGGUAGGCUUCGACUUCUCCGGCAGGCAGGACAAGUACAGCAAGCAAAAGUAUCACUGGUACCAUUUCAGCGGCGUCGACUACAACGCCGCCAACAAGAAAACGGCCAUUUACAAGAUUGUGGGCGAAAAGUCGGACGCCCUCUGGGCCGAAGUGCCGGACGUGGACGAUGAAAAGGGCAACUACGACUACCUCAUGGGCUCGGACCUCGACUACGACCAUCCAGAGGUGCAGGACGACGUGCUCGCCUGGGGCACCUGGAUCGCGAAGACGCUUCCCCUCAAGGGCAUGCGCUUCGACGCCAUCAAGCACUUUAGCGCCGACUUUUUGCAUCGCUUCGUCAAGCAAAUGGACGACACGUACGGCAGCGGGUGGUUCUUUGUCGGCGAGUUCUGGAAGGACAGCCUCGAGGACAUGAACAACUACCUGGACCGGAUGGAGGAGAAGUUUUCGCUCUUUGACGCGCCGCUGGUGCACAACUUCAGCGCCCUCAGCCAGACCGAGUCGGCCGACCUGCGCAAGGUCUUUGACGACACGCUCGUGCGGUGCCGGCCCGUCAACGCCGUGACGCUCGUCAUGAACCACGACACGCAGCCGUACCAGGCCCUCGAGGCCCCCAUCGCCGACUGGUUCAAGCCGCUGGCCUACGCGCUCAUCCUGCUGCGCGGCGAGGGCUACCCGUGCGUCUGGUACGGCGACCUGUACGGCAUCCAGGGCGAGCACCCGUUCCCGCCCGCGUGCAGCGGCAAGCUCCCGCACCUGGCCCUCGCGCGCAAGCUGUACGCCUACGGCAAGCAGGCCGACUACUUUGACCUCGCUACCUGCCUUGGCUGGGUCCGCUACGGCACGCACGAUCGGCCCGCCGGCGUGGCUGUCGUGCUGAGCAAUGCCGGGCCCGGCACGAAGCGCAUGCACGUCGGGGAGAUGCAUGCCGGUGAGCGCUGGACGGAUGUCCUCGGCUGGUCCGAGGGGGCCGUCACCAUCGGCCAAGAUGGCUUCGGGGACUUUACCUGCGGGCAGUGCAGUGUGAGCGUGUGGGUGAGGGAAGGUGCAGAAGGGAGAGACAGGUUUAGUGAGAAGUUUGACAGUGACAUUUACAAGACAGAAUAG